AUGCUUCUUUCACCAACCCGAUCGCCGACACCCUCCGUGUCCCGCUCCGUGUCCGAGGGUUCACUUCGGCGAUCAGCAUCGGAACCUUGCACCGGACCAUUUACUCCUGCCACAAGCCAACAAUCCCCCGAACUCGUGGAAACAAAAACCAGCGACAGUAAAGAAGAGUCAAUUGACGAUGCGAUCGACCAAGUCCCUUUCAGCCUCGCUCGGAUGGUAGUCAACAUGCAAGAAUACUACACGUCAGAGCUCCAAACCGAAAGACAAAAAACCGACCGUCUCACCCUUCAAAACGAAGAAAUGAUGCAAAAAAUAAAGGAAAUGGAUAAGCGACUUCAAAUGCACGUCGUUCUCAUGGAUGGAUUCGUCGGAUUCAUGAGAGAAGUCAAACAAGGACGUUUUGCUUCUGCAGAGCUUGAGAUUGCGAAUCAGUUUGGAGGUGUUCAUUUGAACGAAGUCAAAGGACUUUGCGCAGCUGUACAGCAAUGUAUUGAACAGCCAAAGCCGUCUGGGCCGAGUAAUGAACAAAGACCAGAGGAAACAACGGCCUGUGAUAGCGCCAUUUUUGAUCAAUUGCCGCCUACGCCGGAUAUGGAAACACCUCCUGUGAGGAGUACUGGGAGAAGAGCUCCAAAGAGAAAGAAUCCCCCUAUGAGACCUCAAAGAGAAGUAAAGCGACGAACGAGAGCGGAUGUGAGAAGUGUUAGGUUGAGGCAUUCGACGUGGAAGGCUAUCAAUACUGUACAGGAUACUGGCCGAGAUGAAGAGUCGGGUGAUGAGUUUCAGGGGGAUACAAACGAUCAAGACUACGCCCCAGAACCCGAGGGUCAAGAUGAAGAUGAGAGCGAAGAAGAGCACCACGAAACAGAGCCAAUAGCAGAACGCGCAUCACCGUCCCCAGAACCCUCAGAAGACGACCCCGACGCCGAAAAGCCUCGCUACACCGUCUCCCGCUCCAUAGCGCCUCGCUUCGCAGCAGGUCCUUCAGGCGGCCGCUUCAAAUACUUUCGCAUGCCCAAGACCGUCGCAUUGGUAUGGCAAGAGUGGAAGCACGGCAGUAACGGUAAUCCAGCGAUUGAAGAACUCGAGAACAAGUACAACACUUCAUGGCGCAUGGGAACGCUGCAGGAGAGAAAGUAUGCGAGUAAUUAUAUUGGUGUUAGACAGAAGAUUGUGAGGAAGGUAGAAGAGAUGUGUGAGGAGGGAAUGACUCCGAGGGAGGCUUGUGAGAUUUUGGAUACGAGGGUUGAUGGGAGGAUGCAGCUUUUGAUGACGGCUUUGAGGAAGGGGGAGGAUCCGUUGGUUGUUAUUCCGAGGAGGUGA